UAGUCUGACACAUUAACCAUAUAACCUCCAAUUUAUUAUUCAUUGUGGUUUUAUUUUUAUAAUACUGCAUACCUAAAAAUAUUCAAAAUGAACUAUUUCCCAUUUCAGUUUUAGGUAGAUCACAAGUACAAAUUUUAGUUUAAUCCUUUUUUUAUAGAUUUAAAGAACAUUUAGAUUUUAUUUGAAGUCAGCUCGCUGAUUUUAGUGUUUAAAUUAGUGAUAACUUACAACAAUUUAAUUCAAGACUGUAACAGCCUAAAAAACAACAAAGACCAUUUCAGCUCAUUUAAUUAAUAUUUUCAGUGUAUUUACACGAUUUACACGCAGGUAAGAGUAGCAGAUGCCGCGUUCUCUUUGAAACUACAUUUCCCAGAGGUCUGUUAUUCGGCGUCGGCCAAUGAGGAUUCACCUUGUUGAAUGGGCGCAAAUUCUGUUUGUGUAGGAGCCCAGCAUAGAUGUGACGCUGGCUGCACAGGCUUUUUAUAUGCGAAAUGUAAUAAACCGUAGUGAGUUACGAGCCAGUGGCACGACAAAAACAUCGUCUCUUCAUAGCGCCAGUCGUGUAAUGCUAAAGAAACCUUUGGCUGGGGCGUGUUUUGCCUGGGCAAUGUCCGCAGCUAGACCUUACUCAAAGAAACUCGUCCUAACUUCAGAAACAGCAGAGCUUGUCGGCUAAAGCUAGCUCUGUUGCUCCGCAAACAUGUCCAGUCUUCCACAAAAUAACUUGAAAGAGCAGCUGGCGAGGCACAAUCAUGUGGCUCAAAGCAAGUUAUCACUAGCUAAACCUAAAACGGGACCCUUCUUGUUCAAAAAGAAGUCAACGUCCGGUACAACAAAUGUGGAGUUCCCAACCAAGGUAAUCAGCUCAAAUGUUUUGGCAAACAGGAACGUCAAUCUCCCUCGUAGCAGUUUGGUAACUGAACCUUCUUUGACAUUUUCAAACAAGCUUGAAAGAUCUCAAAAGUCCAAAAUCAACAACUUCUUCCCCGUAAGUUCCAAAUGCAAGUCAGACUCCACCGCCUCAGCAGGCAACUCCUCUCCAUCAAGUCAGACUCCUUUAGCAAAGUCUGAUAGUAAGAGGAGUCCAGCUCCACCUGGCGAUCGUAUUGGUUCCACAGAUCUAGGUGCAUCUGUGUUCCCAGUGGAUGACUGGGAUGAUUUUGGUGACUUUGAAAGCCCAGUCAAAACUAAAAAUGACUCUUUUAGCUCUGACAAAUCAGGGAAAAUCACCAAACUGCUGUCAUCUGCUAAUGAGGAAUUCACAGAGAAACAAAGCUCUGGCGCUUUGCUUGAAAAAUCAGGAUUAAACAAGGAUGGGGACCAGAUUUGUACAAAGACCGAUGAAACGGGGGAAAGUGUCAACAAAAAAGUGGCUUCACCCGAACCUAGUUUGUUUCAAGAACCGUCAGAGUUUGAGGUGGAAGACUCUCCUGUUAAAAGGACCAGAAGACGAUGUCCUCCUCCACACGUGACGUCUGUCCUGAGUGACAGUGAUGAGGAUGUCGGCACCAUGUUUGAAACUUCAGAAGAUAAAACAAACGAAAAGAAAAAAUGGUUGGACCCAAAGGUGAUAGAGCUUAAUGAUGACUCGGAGCCUGAAGAUGACCUGGAUUACAUCCCUCCUUCUCCUGUCUCAGAUGAGACGUCUUACACCGUGUCAGCAGUGGACACCAGAAUAAAAUCAGAAGAUUCUCAUAAAGGCGUCCCUCUCCUGGAUAACAGCUCGGCCACGUCUCUACCUAAACCCUCUGAUCACCACUCAAAAGAUAAAACAAAGGACCAGCUCUUUAGUCUGAUGGAGUCCAUUUGUUCUCUGGUUGAUUCCAUCCCUGAACAUGAACUCAUCGCUUUGUCUUGUGGGAAUGAACUUUUGCUAAAGAGAGCUCAGAGGAAAAGGAUUCUUGCCACAGGUGCUGACUCUUUGUUUAGGAUGCAGCAGCCAGACAGCACCGUGCUUUCUGAGCCAGGCUUUAAAGAAACCUCUCCUAGUUGCAGCACGUCCAACAGCUCUGUGCCUUUUGACUCCAAGACGCUUCCACAGCCCAGGAGGUCCUCCGUCAUCUCUGUGGGCUCUGACACUGAUUUUUCAGACAGAACUGACUUAAAGCCCUUGAACAAAAAGCACAACAGGACGAUAUCAGUAGAAAAUGAGAGUAUUUGUGACUCUCCAUCAGCCCACAGCCUCACAAAACCAACUUUCAGUCAUUUUGAGCAAACUACUUAUGAAAGUGAUCCAGAUCUCGACUUCUCACCCAAGAGGUCAGAAGCUGUUUUGCAAAACUCAACUAAACCCCAAACAGCUGCAGCUGAGGCUGAUCUAGACGACUUUUACAAUGAUGACUUUGGCAUAGACGACUUCAAUGAUUCUGACAUCCCCGAUUACUUUGAUGAACCUGCAACUUCAUCUGUUUCGAGCCAAAACUUGAGCAGCGCUGUGUCUACUCGAGGGACAGGAGGAGGACCAAACAAGUCCACGUGGGAGAAUAAGCCAGUGACUCCUGUUUCUGCUCCGAAACCCGCAAAAAUAUAUUCCCCAGAGCCUACUUUCAAAAACCCAGCUCACAAUCGUUUCAGAGGCUUUAACUUCCCUUAUUCCCAAGAGAUGAUGAAGAUUUUUCAUAAGCGUUUUGGACUUCAUCAGUUCAGAUUUAAUCAGCUAGAAGCCAUAAAUGCUACUCUUCAGGGAGAAGACACGUUUGUGUUGAUGCCCACAGGUGGUGGUAAAAGUUUGUGCUACCAGCUGCCUGCCUGUGUCUCAGCUGGAGUCACCGUUGUCGUUUCCCCUCUUAAAUCGCUAAUUGUAGACCAGAUCCAGAAACUCACCGCCCUGGAUAUUCCUGCAACAAGUCUGUCUGGUGAUAAAAGUGACAGCGAAGCAGCACGGAUUUAUAUGCAGCUCUCCAGGAAAGACCCCAUAGUCAAACUGCUGUACGCCACACCUGAGAAGGUGAGUGCGAGCAACAGGCUCAUUUCUGCCCUGCAGAACCUGUACGAGCGAGGCCUUCUGGCUCGUUUUGUCAUAGACGAGGCUCACUGCGUCAGUCAGUGGGGCCAUGAUUUCCGUCCAGACUACAAGAAGCUGCACGAACUGCGUCAGAAGUUCCCCAAAGUGCCAAUGAUGGCUCUGACUGCCACCGCCACCCCCCGUGUGCAGAAGGACAUCCUCAGUCAGCUAAACAUGACUCGGCCACUCGUAUUUACGAUGAGUUUCAACAGAGUGAACCUCAAGUACGCCGUGCUGCCCAAGAAACCCAAAAAGGUUGACGAGGACUGCAUCGACUGGAUCAAGAAGCACUACCCACGCGACUCUGGCAUCGUGUACUGCCUGUCUCGUAACGACUGUGAUGCCAUGGCAGAGAGUCUGCAGAGAGCAGGAAUUCUGGCUCUGUCCUAUCAUGCAGGACUGCGUGAUGGAGAAAGGGAGCAUGUGCAGAGCAAAUGGAUCAAUCAAGAUGGCUGCCAGGUUAUCUGUGCCACCAUAGCCUUCGGUAUGGGUAUCGACAAGCCGGAUGUGCGCUACGUGAUCCACGCCAGUUUGCCUAAAUCAGUGGAGGGUUACUAUCAGGAGUCGGGAAGGGCCGGCAGAGAUGGAGAGGUCUCUCACUGCAUCCUGUUUUACUCCUACACCGACGUCCACCGCAUCAAGAGAAUCAUCAGCAUGGACAAAGAAGGCGACAGGCACACCAAAACAACUCACUACAAUAACCUCCACAGUAUGGUGCACUUCUGCGAGGAUGUGAUGGAGUGCAGAAGAAUUCAGCUGCUGGCGUACUUUGGCGAGCUGAAUUUCAACAGGAACUUCUGUAAAGAGCAUCCAGAUGUCAGCUGUGACAACUGCGCCAAACCAAGCCAAUACAAGAUGAGGGACGUGACAGAAGAUGUGAAGAAGAUCGUGAGGUUCGUCCAGGAGAAUUGCGAGAAAGUCGGAGCGAGGUUUGGCAAGACGGCUCAGCAGAACCGCCUGACCCUGAACAUGCUUGUGGACAUCUUUAUCGGAUCUAAAUCUGCCAAGGUCCAGACGGGAAUGUUUGGGAUGGGUGCAGCUUACUCUCGACACAAUGCGGACCGCCUUUUUAAGAAACUGGUUAUUGAUCACGUCCUGGCUGAGGACCUCUACGUCACUAACCACGGUCAGACUGUGGUCUACAUCUCUGCUGGACCAAAAGCCAUGAACAUUCUGUCUGGUCACAUGCAGGUGGAGUUCUGUGAGACUGAGAGUGCGUCCAGCAUCAGGAAACACAAAGCUGUCACCAAGAGCGUCUCGAAGAGAGAGCAGAUGGUUCAGGAGUGUCUGAUGGAGCUGAUUGAUCUGUGCAAGCAGCUGGGCAAGGCGUUCGGCCUUCACUACUACAACAUCUUCUCCACCGCCACCAUGAAGAAGAUUGCUGAGAGGCUUUCCUCCGACCCCGAAGUCCUUCUGCAGAUCGAUGGUGUGACUGAGGACAAACUGGAGAAGUAUGGGGCUGAAGUCAUUCAGGUGCUGCAGAAAUACUCAGAGUGGCAGCUUCCUGAAGAGCAGGUUGCAAGCUCGGGAAACGAGUGGAUAGACACGUCGCAAGGCCGCUCACAUGACGACAGGGACGAUUUGGAGUCCUCUUCCUAUUUCUGUAAUCAGCCUGCUCGGGGACAAAAGAGAAAGAAAGCCCCGUUCUUCAAAUAUUCUAAGAAAAGAAAAGGAUACAGCAGCUCGGGCUCCUCUGCUAGAGGUCGCGGCUACAGCAGCAACAAGUCGUGGUCCUCCAACUCCAGAGGUGGAGCUCAAAGUGCGGGUCGAGGGUCUGGGAGUUCUGUGGGAAACGCUGGCAGGAGACCGGGAUUCAUGUCUGUCCCCACACCUCAAAGCGUCCAGCGGCCAUUUCUAAAGCCUUCCUUCUCACACAUGAGCUGAGGGCUGAACCUUUUCCAGUUGAUGUCAACUUUAGUGAAACAUUUAGCAGUUUGCUGCUGGAACUGUUGGUUGAUUGGUUCAUACAGCUGUUGUACAUAGUCUUACUGUUGUAUGUGGUUUGAAAUGUAAAAAUGUUUAAACUUUAGUGCAUUAAAGAUAAGGAAUUCA